AUCAGCGGCAGCCAGUAUAAUGUAAGGCCCUUUUUUUCUAAAGAGGAAUACAAUACUCUCCAAAGCAAUGUUGAAGAGUAGUGGAGAUAAGGCAUCUUCCUGUUUGAGGCCUGUUGUAAAUAAUAUAGACAGUUUUACUUCAAUUCUUAAUCUGCUUAUUUUAAGUUAGUUGAACUACAUACCUAGAAUUCUGCCAUUGUAGUUAAUUAAAAGUGUCAAACCUGUGUAUGUCAUUUAUUGGCCAAUUGGUGAAUGUUACUAUCAUGAUAUAGUGAUGAGCACACUAAUAAUGGCAAAAUAAAGCAAAAGGUGAAAAACAUAAUACAUUGUGAGGUAAAAAGAGAUGAAACUAGUAAAGGUGGAAAUUACUACAUUACACAGUUCCUCGCCUUUAGACGUAUCGGAGGACUAUGAGAACUGUCACUGUGAUAGGAGAAUUUUAUAAAAUACUUCUGUCACAGACGUCUAAAGGUGGGAAAUUAUGUAAUGCAAUGUUAAUUUAUACGUUUAUAUUGAUAUUUUCCACCUCUACUAGUUUCAUCUCUUAUUAUUUCACAAUGUAUUAUGUUUUCCAUCUUCUGCGUUAUUAGUGCGCUCAUCACUGUAUACCAUGUCUAUACCCAUUCAAUACUCUAUAGAUAGGUACUGUAAAAUGGCUGAAUAGUGAUGGAAAGAGUAAAAAAAUGUAUUAUUCUAUAAAUAUUUUAAUAUUCUUAGGUCCGGUUUCACCAACAACAAAAUAAAGCAAUGAAUAGUUAUUGGUCGAUCGACCUCCAAAUACUAGGUUGAUAGAGUACAAAUCUUUUGAUUUAAGGUUUAUAAAAUGUUUCUAUAUACCGGACUACCUUUUGUUGUUCACAAAAAAACAUUUCUCCAACUCGAAUUUCUUAAACAAACACUCAAAAUUAAGUACCAAAUUUUUGGUUAUAAAUAUAUGUGGUAUUCACACUAAAUCAAGAGAGCAAUUGAUAUACAUGGUUUCUUUUUUCGGCUGUAGAAAAUAGUCUGGUGUAUUUGGAUUUUUUCUAACAGUUGUAAAUCGUGAGAUACAAGGUUUUCAAACUAAAACCAAUAAAUAAUAUAUAGUAUUACCAGACUAAAACCACCAAAAUGUGAUUUUCGAAAAAAAUGAGAUAAAAGGUUUUCACACUAAGCCAUCGAUAUACAAUAUAAAUAAUAAGUGAAUAGAAUACAAUAAUACAAUUAUUUUAUAUUUAUUAUACAAUAAUACUUUUCAAUAACAUUCAAAGAACAAAAUAUUCAAAUUCAAAUGUUAUUCAAUAAAUUGACAAUAAAGUAAACAAGUAAAACACUCGCGGCUAGCGAAAACAUAAUACUUUAGCUGGCGAGCUUCUAGACAAUUGACAGUCUAGUCAUGAUUUGGCGGGCAAUAUUUGAAAAGCAUAUUUAUAAUAAAUAUAUUAUUUAAGACAGUAAAUAAAAGAUCUCAUUCGCUUGUUCGAUUAUUUAUAUAAGUGAAAUUCAAAAUAUACUUUAAAUACCUAAUUGUAAAGCAUUAGCAAGGUUUUAAAUACAAAACAUCAAUAAUAUGUAUUAGUUAUAAGACAAUGGGAAUGUAGCAAUUUUACAUCAUUAUUUGGAAUUUCUUUAAUAGAAGGUUUGUUCAAACGCCAAUUUUGAGUUUUUUCUUAACCUAAUUUCCUUUGUUUAGUAAUAUUGUUAUUGCGCGGAAUAUUUCUAUUUUCCUCUAGUACUAUUAUUGAUCUGCUUCCUUCUGCAUUUAGCACAGCUUCAAUGAACGGUUAAACGUUUUGUUUUAUUUCAUUCUGUCAUUGAGGAAAUUAGAUCAAUUUGAGCACAUAUCAAGCCAGUUUUUUAAAUGUAAUUUUUCUUUGUCUAACUUGGGAUCAUGCAUUAUCACCAUCUUCAGUUUCCUUAAUAUGUUCUGUAUUUUAUUUUCAGAAGUAGAUUCUUAAAUUAUUAGGGCAUUGAUAUCAAAAUAAACUUUAUUGUGUAAGUAAUGAUUUAUAGCGGGUACCACUUAAUUUUACAUACUCAUAACAACACCACACAUUUGGGCACAUUUUGACGGAAAAGUGAUGAAAGUAAAACAUCAAACCACUCCAGUUUCAGCAACUAAUAUAAUAAAUUACCUACCCACUUAAAUUCUAGACAAGAAAAUCGUGUGAAAUUUUAAUCAUGUGCUUUAGGUGAAUUAUUAAUAAAAAAGAUUUAAAAUAAACAGCUUAAUACAUAUUUCAUUUUCUCUCUGGUAAAAAGAUUAUUGCUUUUGUCCUCUUUCAACCAUCUGGACAUUUGGUCUUCUUAACUUUCAUAAGUGGUCAGCCGACACCCGCUGCGCCGAUGUUCCUAAAGUCUUUGUUUUCAAUUGUAUCCUAUGUAGUUUGAUUUUUUUUCUUUGUCUUUCAAACACAUGUUUAAGAAUCCAGAUAUUUUGUGACACAAACCUACCUUUGAAAAGUUAUUUUAUUUUUAAAACUUUGUGUGACUUCAGUGACUUGUGAAGUUCCAACUAUAAAGUUUCUUGGUUUUGUUUUUCUUCCUUAUUUUAUUAUAUUCUAACACGAAAUAAAAUGAGUAAUAUCGAGAGAAGUUUUAUAUGUUGUAUUUGUAAAGGACCAUCCUUCUCAAAACAGUCAAAUCUUAGGGCCCACGUAAAAAAGUUCCAUCCAGACAAACUGGAGGAAUUGGCACCAAAAAAUGUUAAAAACGUAGCAGCUAUAUGCAAUGAAUGCAAUCAGACUUUCUCAAAAUACUCCAAUUUGAAAGAGCAUGUCCGGACAUUUCAUCCAGAAAAAAUGGAAGUCUUAAUCAAAGAUAAGUUUUAUCUUUACAAAUGCAGUGAAUGUUCCAAGCAAUUUUCGGGUUUAGCAAAUUUCAACGCUCAUAAGAAAAUACAUACAACUCCGAAAAUUGUUUCCCACCGUAAGCCCAAACAAUUGAAGUGUCCUUUAUGUAAAUAUGAAGAUAUCAAAUCGAAGUUAAUACACCAUUUUGGAGAAAAGCAUGAAGUUGUUGUUAAAGCUGAAAAUAUGCAAUUUAAUUCAUUAGAAGAAUUUCAUUUUUGGAAAUUGGAAGAGGAAAAAACAACUAGAUCAUUUUUUGUAAAGAAUCGUAGUUCCAGUAAUGUUUCAAAUGGCACUAAAACAAUAUAUAAUUGUCAUAGGUCAGGAAAAUACAUUGCUAAAGGAAACAAUAAAAGACAUUUAAAAUACAAAGGCUCUAACAAAAUAAAUGCUUUCUGUCCAGCCAAUAUUACAGUCAUUCAAGAAGCAAAUAUCUGCAAGGUAGAUUAUGUUAAGAUGCAUAUUGGACAUCAGAAUAACUUAGGUCAUUUAUUUUUAAGUCAGGAAAAAAAGCGGGAAUUAGCUAGUAAAAUAGCUGCAAAGAUUCCAUUAGCUGCCAUUUUAGAUGAAAUUAGAGAUUCUAUGACAAGUGCAAAUUUUUCAAGGAUUCAUCUUCUAACUAAAAAAGAUUUGCAUAAUAUUGAACAAACAUACAAUCUAAAUGCAACACCUGUCAGACAUAGGAAUGAUGCCAUAAGUGUCCAAGCAUGGGUAAAUGAACUACAAAAAAGUAAUAGUGUACUUUUCUAUAAACCGCAAGAUGAUUUAUCAGAAGAGCACUCAUGUUUAAAAAGAGAAGAUUUUGUUUUAAUUCUAAUGACCGAAGGUCAAAAGGAGAUGCUUGACAAAUUUGGGGGUGAUUGCAUUUGUGUAGACGGAACACACGGAAUAACUAGUUACGGAUUUGAAUUGGUAACAUUAUUGGUUCUUGAUGAUAUGCGAGAGGGAUUUCCAUGUGCAUUUAUGAUAUCCAAUAGAACAGAUGAAGACGUUAUGUGCAUAUUAUUUUCUUGUAUUAGAAAAAGUUUGCAAUCAAAAAUUUCGCCCAAAGUAUUCAUGUCGGAUAUGGCAGAAUCAUUUUUUAAUGCAUGGAUAAAAAUUAUGAGUCCUCCAGAAUACAGGCUAUAUUGUUGUUGGCAUGUAGACCGCGCAUGGAGGAAGAAUCUUUCGAAGAUUUCUGCUAAGGAUAUGCAAGUAGUGGUCUACCAACAAUUGCGUACCUUGCUUCAAGAAACGGAUGUAAAAGCAUUUUCACUUAUGUUGGAGACAUUUUUAAAAAGCCUCUACGAAAAUGAGGCUACCUUGGAGUUUGCAAAUUAUUUUAAAAUCCAUUAUGCUAAUAAAGUUGAUAGUUGGGCUUAUAGUUAUCGUCUAAAUAGCGGUUUGAACACGAACAUGCAUUUAGAACGUAUGCAUCAUACCAUAAAGUAUAUCUAUCUAAAAGGCAAACAUAACAAGAGACUAGAUAGGGCUAUUUCUGCUCUAUUGAAGUUUGUAAGAGAUAAACUGUUUGAUCAAUUAAUAACAAUUCAUAAAGGUAAACUGUGUACUAAAUUGAGAGAACUAAGGUCGAGGCAUAAGUCAAGCCAAGAACUUGAUCACAACUUAGUGAUAAAAAUGGAUACUGUUUGGCAAGUUCCUUCAUCCACAACUCAGGAAAUAUAUUUGGUAGAGCAAAGGAAAGUUGAUUGUGCUUGUAAAAUCGUUUGCUUGGAAUGUGAUGCUUGCUUUCACCAAUAUUCGUGUACAUGUAUAGAUUCAAGCGUCAGAUAUAAUAUGUGUAAACAUAUACAUUUAGUAUGCCGAUAUGAACAACACCUACCGGGUGAAAAAAAUGCAGAAUCACUUAUAACAGAAACGGACUCGGAUCAAGUAUAUCCAGCUUACUCGACAACUUCAAAGUUUCAAAGAUGGCAAUGCCCUAAUAAUUCAAGAAUGUACUUCUGAAAAUAAAAUACAGGAUUUAGUUAAGGUAUUAAGUUCUAAGGAAACUGAAGAUGGUGAUAAUGAUGCCAAGUUAGACAAAGAAAAAUUAAAUUUAAAAAACUGGAUAUGGGAUCAAAUUGAUAAAAUCUCCUCAAUGACAGAGCUAAAUGAAA